AUGAUGUUCGCCUCGCCACUCGUCAUAGCCUACCUACAUGUUAUUUAGAUUUCUAAGAAGUUUAAUCUUUUUUAGUUUUCUAAUUAGUAUUUAAGGCAUUAUUAAGGUUAAAGCAGAGAUUUAAGUAUAAUAAUUUUAAUAAUUGAAACGUAAAGAAGCAGAUACCGAUAAAAUAUAGACUGUAAGUAAGUUAGUUUUAUCGUAAAAAGCAAAAAUAUUCGGGGCAAGUGCGUUUUUCGGUCGUGGAGCCUAGGAAGAAGCCAAGCACCAUUUUUUCGUCGAGGAGAAAAUUUUUUCGCUCCUGAGAAGUGAUUUUGGUGUGUGCGGUGGAAGAGUAGUAAGAAGAAGCGAAUUAUACGUACGAGAAUCGGCGCCGCGCGUGUUGCCCGAAGAAUAAGAAGACCGAAAGUGCGUGUUUCGCGUUGUUGGCUUGGAAGGGCCCCGGGCGUAAUUUCGGAACAGUGUGCGCAUUCAGAAUGCAUCCGUCGAAGAAGAUGAAUGCCGCGGAACUGGACGACCAUGAGAAGGGCAAGCUGUUUGUCGGUGGACUGUCGUGGGAAACGACUCAGGAGAACUUGCAGCGCUACUUUGGCCGCUACGGCGAGGUCAUUGACUGUGUUGUCAUGAAAAACAACGAGACGGGCCGUUCGCGCGGGUUCGGCUUUGUAACCUUUGCCGAUCCGGAGAAUGUCGAACGAGCGCUGGAUAACGGUCCGCACACUCUGGAUGGCCGUACCAUCGAUCCGAAGCCGUGCAAUCCAAGGUCACUGCAUAAGCCCAAGCGUACCGGUGGCUAUCCGAAGGUCUUUCUCGGUGGUCUCCCCCCGAAUAUAACGGAAACGGAUCUGCGCAGUUUCUUCUGCCGCUAUGGGAACGUCAUGGAGGUGGUCAUUAUGUACGAUCAGGAGAAGAAGAAGAGCCGUGGAUUUGGCUUUUUGUCCUUCGAGAACGAAGCGGCUGUCGAGCGUGCAACGGCGGAACACUUUGUUAACAUCAGUGGCAAACAGGUCGAGAUCAAGAAGGCGGAACCGCGCGACGGCAGUGGCAACAAUAACAGCAUGAGCGCCGAUUCCUAUCAGUGGGGUUCCCCACAAGCUCCUCCGAUGGGCAAUGGCCAAAUGGGUGGCCCUCCAAUCAAUAUGCAGUCCAACAUGAUGCAAGGUUAUCAGGGCUGGGGUGCUUCACAGCCACAGCAAGGAUACGGAGGUUAUGGUGCCUCUGCCGGGGCGGCCAGCGCUUACCAAGGUUGGGGUGCUCCUCCGCCGCAACAGUGGGGCAAUUAUAAUGCUACGCCUCAGCAGACGCAAGGUUACGGCGGGUAUGAUAUGUAUAACAGCUCCGGUGCCGGAAGUGCCGGUGGUUAUGGAUCGGGCAACUGGAACUCGUGGAACAUGCCGCCCAACACUGGUUCCACCGGUUCUGCCGAUAUGUAUUCUCGACCUCAGUCCGGUCCAACGGCUGGCCCUGCUGGAUCGGCCGGCCCAACGGCGGGUGGUCCUUCGAAGCCCGGUUCCGAAUACGGUGGAGGUUCGGCGUACGGUUCCGGUGCUGCCGGUGGCUACGGCGGGUACUAUCAGAACGAACAAAAUACGGCAGCCGCCUACAACCGACCGCGGUCAGCUUAUGGUGGUGCGAAUGAUGCCUCGUCGCAGCCACCCUAUCCAGCAUUUUGAGAGAUGACGACGAGCAGGAUGCAACCGACGCCACAGCAUCAGCAGCAGCAACCUCAGCAACCGAUGCAUUUUGCCCAGCAACAUCAACAGCAGCAGCAGCAGCAACAACAACAUCAUCACCAACAUCAACCAGGGCAAACAGCGGCUGCAGUAGCAGCAGCGGCGGCGGUUGCAGCCUCCUUCGAUCGAAGUUUGAUUGGAACGAAAUCAUAAGAUGAAGAAGAUUAUUUCUUAUUUUUUUUAACUUGAAGUAAAACUAAUUAUACAUAUAUUCUAUCGCAAGAGGAAGAGAUCCGAAGGAGAAACAAUUAUACAUAUAUUAUUAAAAGAAAAAAAAACUGAAGUAAAAACUACACAAGAGAAGUUUCUUAUUAAAAAAAGGCAAAACACACAAUUGGAAAAUGGCAAGGAGAAAUAUACAAACUAAGCAUAAAUACACAUCUAAUAUAACUUUAUUGACUAGGCUUAGGGUGCGUUGAAGCAGAUAAAAAAGAAUGAAAACAGAAAACGAAGAGAAGAAAUAAGAAGAAAUUGUUCAAACUAUUGAUUAGAUCUUGAUGAAUAAAAAAUCAGAGCAAAACAAACCGUUGAAAAUAAGCGUAUAAAUCUGUUUCAUAUGAGUUUAGUAAGCUGCCUGCAGCAUCAUAAAUGAUGAGAGAAAAAAAAAACAUUAAAACAGAGCAAAAGAUAAGGCAAGAUAAAUCACAUACACACAAACAAGCUCUAAUAGCAAGUAACAAAAGGAUUAAGGUAAAUCAUUAACAGACAUACCAACACAUACACAAAAACACACACACAUUUAAGCCGUAAAAUUAACUCAGUCGUAUUCUAGAUGAAGGUUUUCUGGUAUAACUUUCUGGCAAAUGGCAACCGAGCAAAUUUCUACCCCUUCAAGAAUCGGUUAGCGGCUCGCAUAUUCUUAACCGUUAGUUCCCCAUAAUUAGGAGAAAAUAAAACACGUAGAGAAAACGCAUAAAAAUGAUGGCAAAAAAAUGGUAAAAAGUCACACUGAGAAAACUAAAAAGCUCACAGUAAAAUUUAUUUCUUUUUCUACACCAAAAAAUAAGAAGAUAGGCGAAAAAAAUCAACAUGUUGUUUUUAGUUCACCCCUUUCUUUUGUUUUACUCCCGGAAUUUAUAGACUAUCGACUGCAUGGUGUAUGGAGGAGAAAACAAAACAAGCAAACAAAAAAAAAACAGCAAAAUCCCUUUCAAACAUAACACUUUUUGUCUAUAACGGAACGAUAAGGAUUAUACAUUACUAUACUUAAUCAGGUACCCAUAAUAAUAACAAAAAACAAAGGAUGAGUUUAUAGUGAAGAUGCAGGCGAAAGUUCAGUAGCCCAUCAGCUAGGAAACGGCCAGGAUGCGAUGCGCGACUGGCUUUAAUUUUUCUUCUUUCUGCUAAGUAGUUACAGCGAUUGAUUUAAAUAAUUUUUGUUCAUGUGAUUUUCAGUUCGUUCGUACGUUCGUUCGUUCGUUCGUUCGGUUUUUUGGGUUAAGCUUACUUCCUAAGUAAAACAAAUAUAAGCAAAGUAAAAACAAUGAUGAAGAGACUCAGAGCCUGAAGCUUGUAUUUUUUUUUUUGUAUAAUUACCUGUACUUUUUAAGUUUGUCGUUCGUCGUUUUAUCGUGUUAAGGAUCUAAUCUUUAAAUCGGGAUAGAAGCAAAAGUGUAAGGACAAAAACCGAAACCCCCAAAGCCUACAACAGUGCGCGCGCGUUCUUUUUUUUAAAUAUUAAAGUUGUAAACUCUUAGAGGUAUUUUUUUUUAAAAACUGAGUAUAAGGGUGAAGUUGUUCACAGAAAACAUCCCCAUCUUUUGAAUAAGUGAAAUAAGGCAAGGAUAAAGCAAACUAGUAACUACUCCUGUAAUCUUAGACGAAAGCAAAGCAAAGCAAAGAAUGCAGAAAUAAAGUAACGUUUUUUUUCGAAACGGUAUUGAUAAACGAACGGAAAACCUCCUUUUGAUCAGUCGUGUUUAAGCUUAACUUUAGAGAAAGAGAAAACAAAAACGGGAAAAUGAUGAAAAUGAUUUGUUUUUUUAAACUAACGAUAAACUAAAUGAUGAUGAGAUAUGUAGGAAGCAACAAUCUAACGAGAGAGAGUAAAAAAAAUAAUAACAGAAGAUGAAAAAAGUCUAGCAAAUAAUUAUUAUGGGUAAGUUUGAUACAACAUAAGCAGAAAAACAAACCAACAAAUUAGAGAAGCGAAAGUCGUUUUCUUUCAGUUUCGUAAGGACAAAGUUAAACUACAAGUUUAAAGUGUAACUUCUAAUGAUAACGUUUCACCUGAUUAAAAUAAUUCACUCGCAGAUAUAAUAAGAAGACACCGGGGAAAUAAAAAGAGUAAGCAAAGCUGCAGCCGGCAUCAGUUGAAUAAGUUCUCCUGCGUUGUUUGGUUUUCCGACGGAGCGACGCGAAGAAGAUGCAAAAAAAAAGCUAGAAAAAGAAAUAAGUUACGAUGGCAAUCGAAAUCCAAUUCAAACCAGUAGAGUGACAAAAUAUACUACAGAGAAACAAAAGCAAAGUAAGCCGUGAAUAACAGCAACGGGCGAAAAACAAAAACGAAAAAAAAAAACAAGCAAAGCCUCCUUUUGUGUGUUUUUAUCCACUUUAAAAUAUCUUUAAAUAUUGUUCGUCGGGAUUUGUACAAAGUGAAAAAUGCCCUCGUGAGCGAACUAAAGCUGCGAACCUUGAACUAAGCUAUCCGUUUUUUUUCUGUUAGGAUUAUCCUGUUUUUUUUUUAACAUUUCCUACCCAAGUUGCGUUUGGUAGGAUAUCCCGUCCCCAGCAACAACAAAACAGAAGUAACUCAGCAUGUAAUUGAUAAUACAAUAAACUUAACAGUAUCCGUGGCAGUUCGCUACAAUAAGUUCGUUUUACCCCUUCCCCCCUGACACCCGUUCGGGGUGUCAGGUUCUUUUCUGCACUUCUACUCCGGGGUUUACUUCUUGUUUAAACAUUACUCUCACCCUGUAUUAAAUCGGUAACUAUUCAUCGACUAAGACUUUUUGACUUAUUUUAUUCUGUGUUUUUCUUUUUUUUUGUACUCAUUUGUCAUCCUUUAACGAUAUAAUAAACAAAAAAAUAAAAAUAUAUAUUUUUUCUAGUAUAGUGAAAAGUGGUGAAGAUAAUCUAAUUAUUAUUUUUUCCGUCAAAGAUAAUUAUUCUGAUUCUUUUAUUCCUGUUCAAUUCGAAGUAAAAGAAGGUAAAAUAAAAUUGUAAAAAAAUAACAUCGUGCUUCGGUUUACUUUUUGGUUGAGAAACUUUAUUUUACCCUGGAUUAUUUGUCUUCCGUUUGUUCCGUUCGAUUUGGUAUUGGUUUUUUGCUUUUCAGUUUGGACGCCAGGAAAGUCUCUCAAAACUAUUGAGAAAUUUUAAUUACCCGUUAUCUCUUAUUAGGCGAUGGCAAGAGGUAUCAGAUCAGAUUUUUGGUUCGAUGAAUGCAACUAAUUGUGCGCAGAGAAUGUUGGAAGGAGAAACAAGAUUGACAAAGUAAAGCAAAGAAGUUUAAAAACAAGCCGGUAUUAAAUGAAAAGCAUGUCACUCGUUCGCAGCGGUAGUGACAUUGCAAACAAUGAGAAGUGCGGAAUACAGCAAGCACCUGGGCUAUUAGUGUGAUUAAAUUUUUUGGUCGCCGAGACAGACUACUAGCUUCGUGAGAGACUGUUAGUGUUGGAAGGAUCGCAGCGCUAGCCCCACAACUGUCCUGUAUAACAUUGACAGUUGGCCGCGAAGUCUGUGUAUGAUAAACUGAAGAUCAAAUUCCGAUUGGGGAAUGUAGUACCAGGGAUUUCUUCUGCUUUGCUUUUAUGAAGGGCACUAUCACGAUAGAUCAAAGUUCAGUUACUAUGGAAAACGUUUCUUCAAUUUAUGCACCUCAGGGAAGCAAAAUAUGAAGAAUUCUGUUCAUGAUCUUCAAUAUUGAUCAAUUGACAUUUGACAACAACUGACAUAACAUUACAAAAAAAAAAAAAACGGAGAAAAAAACGAACAGAUGAUGGCAAUUCUUCCAGUGUGCGUGUGUAUCUGUGCUGCCUUUGUGUUCUCAACCUUAAAAUUACGCUAAAAAGCAAAGAAAUACAACCAUAAAUCCACCAGAGUGAACAGUUUCAAAUUUGUUUAAAAUCAUAGUACUAGUUGUUGAGUAUUCAGAGCAUACCGAAGUUAAGUAAUUACAUUAACAAAAAGUAAGCGAUACCGAAACCAAAAAAAAGUUAAAAUAAGUGCUUGCGAACUCUACACAGACACAGCAGCCAUGGCAACCAGGAAGAAGCGUUGGAGUUGGGUUUUGUUACGUUUCGCCAAUACUUUGCCGCUGGAGGGGAAAUAAAAUAACUAUACUUAACGAUACAAUACAUAGAAGACGAAGUAAGAAAAAAAAAUAACGAGCAAACCACUUUAGUAUGAAAAUAGGGAAAAUGAAAAGACUGGUUACUAUCAACAAUUGAAUUAAGAAGUUGUACGAAAUAAAUUCACACUAAGAGUAAAAAUAACACAGGAUAAGGUAACAAGUAACUAGCGAGUAAAAUGGUUUUUGUUGAUGCUUUUCUACAUUUUUCGAAAUAAGUAGUAUUUGUGUAAGUCGGCGUUUUGGGGCACUCCCUCCUGAAGGUUGUUACCAAGGAAACUCCACCAGUUCACGGUUUGCUGAUGCACUGGUGACUGGGAAAUAGGGUAAAAUCAAAUUUUAUCCCAACUCACCCCGCACCGGAAGCCUAUUGUUGAAAACUAACAUAAAAGGGAAAGUUUUGCACAGAAUUUAUCAACUCAAAUCAAAUUUGUUCAGUAUUUGCAAAGUUUAUUCUUUAAACUAUCUCUCUCUCUUAGUCUCCCACUCCUCCCUCAAAUAAACAAAACAAAAGAUGUGAUGUAAGUCUAAAGCAAGAGUAUUUUUAAAGAACAAAAACAAUCUAAAUUAAGCUUAGUAUGGUAUGUACAUUUUGUCCGUAAGUCAAGACCGCGUAAGUCGCCACCAAGCGACAUAAGGAUAGACUAGUGUGUAAACAUAAAGAAAAAACGAAACAAAAAUUCUUUACGAAAAAAGUUCAGUAAGUUUAGUCUCAACCCGAACUACUCCUUCGUGAAAAAUAAAAACAAUAUACCAGUAAGUAGUUUCAUACAAACACACCCACUGGAAGAAUCACCGCCAUCUUGAACCGCCAUCUUUCCAGUCGUACAAGUCCCGACGCGGAAUAUUUAUCCGCCUACGCUGCUGGAAUGCUGCGUUUCUCCGUCCGGAAAGCCAAACCAUUCUUGGACAAACAUUUGUAAAUUGUUGCAUUAACAUGUGUGAGUGUUACAUUAACUAGUAUCGAACGAAGCAAACUGCAACCAAAACUAACUGGUAGGAUAAAACUUUGGAAGAAAAAAAAAAAAACAAACGGGAAUAUUAUCUUUUUGUUUAACAUUGCCUUAUUAACUAUAAACGAGGGAAAAUCUACACAGAAGCAGAGAAAACGAUGUGAAACAGUCUUUGGAGAAUACAAUACCAAAAAAAGAACACAUACAGUUUAACCUAAAAAAGGAAAAUUAGUGGGGAACGGAUGGAAUGCUGAUAAAAAGAGAAAAACAUUUAAAUUUCGACUUGCCUAAUGGGGGCGAAAGGUUCGUUAUAUACAUUAUUGUACUCCUUACAAAGAUAAUAAUCAUUGGACAUAUUUUGAUUAAGUAUAUCAAUGUAAUCUGUAUCUUACAUGAAAAUAUAAUACAAUAUAUGCUAAACUUAAAAAAAUGUAUGGAAAACAACUAUUUUAAACUCAGCUAAGUCAGAUAUAAAAUAAAACUUUGAUGUAAUAAAGGAAGUCGUAUAUACAUAAUACAGAAAAAAACAUUAUUCAAAACUAUGUAAACUUUGAAAAAACACAAUGAUGUUUGAAAAAAGGGAGUAUUUUGCAAAAUAAGAAAAAAAACCAUCGAUCGAUAUUUGCAUUAGUUUUCGGUUCAUCAGAUUUAUCACCAUACCUCUCUCGAAAAAACGAAUAUAGUGACAAACAAAAUAUGAGAAAAUGAUGACAGUCCGCUUUGAUUUUUCUUGAGCAUAAAUAAAUAUAUCUAGAAGUAAAUAAACCUAAAAUAUAGUCGUGCAAAGAUUGGUGGAGCAUUGGCUCCCUGCAAAACCGAGAAAAUAUGAUUGACAAAAAAAAUGACUAAAAAUGGCAAGCAGCUACCGCAUAUAAUCGAUUGAUUUACACUCUAAUAUAGAAUCUAUUCAUGAGUAGAGCCAAAUAGAAACAAAAUGAAAACAAAGCAUAUUUAUACUAUUAACUGAGGAAGACGAUAAAACAAAAAAAAAACAACACUGAUAUAUAUGUGUUAGGAGUGCAGUGCAGACAUUAUAGCACAGGUGGAAUGCAAAUAUAGAUUUUUUUUUGCGUUACCUCUUCACCUUUAACAAAACAUUGUACUAUUGUCAGAGGAAUAAGAUCCAUAACACACUUUUCGUUUGUAUGCAGUUACAUCAAUAAAGAAGUACUGGUUAUUUGUAUGAAACUUCACACUAAAAAGCAUA